AUGAUUGGCAGUGUCUUCUUUAUCUUCAACCGUCUGGUUGAGAUCGUCUUCCUGAUCCCGAUCAUUGGCAUGCUGGCCUACUUCGUCAAUGGCUAUCUCAAAGCAAACGAGUUGACUCCAGCCUACAUCCUGGUCCUCUUCAUCGUCAGCACAAUCGCCAUCUUCUGGGCCCUCGACACCCUCAUCCGCUUCUCAACAACCAAGCGAUCCGCAAUCUUCGUCGCCUUCAUCGACCUCUGCUUCUUCGGCGCCUUCGUCGCAGCCGUCUACCAACUCCGCUUCAUCGCCGACGCCGACUGCGCCAGCUGGCAUGGCGGCUCCGUCUGGGUCUCCCUAGGCCCCUUCGGCUCCUAUGGCGAGCGCACCAACAACCCCCUCUCGCUGGAUGUCAAUAAAACAUGCGCAAUGCUGAAGGCCUCCUUUGCCCUCGGUAUCAUGGAGACGAUAUUUUUCUUCUGGACUGCGCUUCUUGCGCUGUUCUUGCACCACUCGCGUGACCGGGUCGUUGUUAAGGAGACCACGGUCCGCAGACGCAGCCACUCGAGUCGUCGAGGCCAUGGCUCCGGCUCGCACCACUCGCGUCAUCGCAGUUCGAGCCGUAACAGACCUGCGAGCUAUGUGUGA